AUGGAUUACCAGGGGAAGAGUUCCCCACUUUGGGACUGCCGAUAUGCUGCUGAGACGCCGAAGCCCACGGUUGCUAUCGCUAUCCAACUCUAUCACCCUGCUUUUGCAUUUUUUUCCAGCAAAGCUUUUGACCCUGGGUUUGAGGUCCCUCCCGAGUUGGAAUCGCAGACCUACAAUCUGCUGGUGAAAUCCGCCGCCAUAUACCGCAGCGAGGAGGAGCGUCGGCUGAAAAUUAAGCCAAUCCUUGGGAAAAUCAUUGGUCGUUCCUUGCUUGCUGUGCGCAACGAUGAUUUCACAGCACCUGACGGUAGUGUAAUGGGUUCCCACCCAGGUCCCGCAAGCUAUAUCCUUGUCAAUGAAGGGAAGAAAGAAAUCGGGGAUGGAGGCUCUGACCCUUCAACUCAAGCUGCAUUUUCAUUUUUACGUCGAUACCAACAGGAAGAGGCCCAGGAUAUCGCGCAGAGGUGCUGCUGUCCAACUUUCCUUGUCGCCCAAGCUGGACCCUGGUUUGCCAUUCUGGGCGGUGUCAUUACAUCCCAAUGCAUUGUCCAGCGGCUGACGGACUUCCUUUGGCUCCCUUUUCAUUCUUCCCACGAUGAAGACCAGUGCACUCGGAUUGCGCGUAUUCUCUACGCUCUUAGAGAGUCACUUUCACAACUGGAUGAUUGGUACAAAACCAUUGCUCGGCUUUCCCCAAUAGAUAUUGGAGUGCCACAUCCUAGGUUCUUCCCUUCUCCAGACCACUUCGAGCACGAUGGCAAACUUGUCAAGUUUACAUAUGAAAAACCUUUUGAUCCCGACCCAUCUUGCAAAACAUACCUCGCUACCGCCAACAAAACCAAAGUUGUGGUCAAAUUUGUCACUGAUUAUGGUGCUGAUGUGCAUCGUGCGAUGGAGGACGAGGGGUUCGCACCGAAAUUGUUGUAUUGUGGACCAGUCAAGGUCAUUCCAGCAAUGCCAGGGUAUGGCAAGCUCAAAAUGGUCGUUAUGGACUAUGUAGCCGGCAACACGCUCGCUGAUGUGUUGAAGUCAGAGGAAGGGUGUGCGGCCCGGAACUCGCCGAUAGAAAGACUUGGCGCGCUCCGGAAUAUCAUCAAGUCGCUUCACGCGAAACACUUUGUCUACGGAGAUCUUCGGUCACCGAACAUAAUGAUUACGACGGAGGGGAAGGUACAGCUCAUCGAUUUUGACUGGGCCGGAAAGCACGGCGAAGCCCGAUACCCACUAUCGAUCUCGCCUUGUGUUGAAUGGCCCAAUGGGGUUUCUGGAGGGGGGUACAUUCAACCAGAGCAUGAUAAUGCAAUGUUGGACUUGUUGUUUUAA